ACAAGGAUGAGGUUAAAGCUUUGGAAUGUAUGUUCUGUAAAGUACGCAUGUGUCCAUAACAUUUAGAUAAACAAAGAUGACGACUAAAAGAUCAGUUCGCAGUUAUCCAAAUGAUCAAGAACUGCAAUAUUGCAGGGAUAUUGUAAAGCCGCCCGGUUUGCUCUCUAAUAAUUACACAAAAGAAAAGUUAAAGAAAGUAGAUCGAAAAUAUAUAAGCGCUAAAGACGCAACAUCAACAGACGUUGGAAAACCAAUGUAUCAAAUAGAUUACAGAGCACCAGAUAAGUCUUCUCAAUCAACUAGCUACUUUAAUACAACUACAAAGCGAUCAACACAACGAGAUUACGAUCGUAUAAACAACGCAACUGAGGGCUAUAAUUCAAAGCUUCAUCGAGACGAUAGAAUACAUGCAAAAUCACGUGGUUUGUUGUUACAUGAAGAGGAGAUUCAGCGACCAGUCUUCGUCACCUCAAAUGCUGUCUAUGGCAACCCAAGGCUUUCCCACCUGGAAAGAAUAUUAUCAAAGCAGCCUCAUGGUCACAUAAAAACAUGCCAACAAGAAUUCUAUCGCAUAAAUGGCAUCAACACGCACCAAACUGGUAUUUAGAUGCGUCAAAAUGGUCGCAUGCAACUCGUAGCAAUAAUAGGAUUGAAACCACGACACCUGGUUUCCAUCUAAUUUUGACAAUUUGUUACAUGUUUCUAGACGAUGGACUAUAAUUUGCGGAAUUGUGAGUUUAAUAGGAUUUUCUUUCAAUUCUGAAAGAUUGCGUUGCAGCAUGGGAUUCCGCCCUGGGGUUUAGGCAGGGUCUCAGUCUGGAGAUUAACAAGGUCUAGCCCUUGAGUUUACCAGGGUCUCGCUCUGGAGUUUAAAUUUCGAGUUAUAUUUAGGAACUGUUUCUAUGGAGGCAGACGGGUUAGACAAACCGAGCUAUUUUUAAGCUUGUUUUUUGUGGAAUUGAAUUUUUCUUGCUUGACUUUUAGCAAUGAAACAUUAAUUACAACAAAAAUAUAUUUUCAUAAAACACAUUGAUUACGUGAACAUAAAAACUAGGCGGGCUAGCUCGGUAGAAUGUGUUUACAUGAGCAAAAUCUAGCCCUCCUUGCCCGAAUUUCGGCAAAUCUAACCGAAAUCUCGACGUUUCAUUUUCAGUAAAGAUGUAAUAGGGUAGACCUCGGGUACUCGAAGUAUAAAGGUCAGGUUAACUGGCAUAUAAUUUGAUUUAAAAUAAUUUUAUGCAACUUUAUUGUUUUUUUCAGUUAAAUGUAUGCCAUCUUUAAAUAACCUCGUCUGUGUA